CUUUGUCCCGCCUUACCGUCGUCGUCGUCGUUCUUCACACUCUCUUAUACUAACGAAAAUGAUCUCCAAAUUUGCUCUCGUCGCCCUCACGGCCACCGCCUCUGUCAACGCCCUUUCCCUUAUCACCCCUACAGAUGUAAGGUCUGCCACUCCUCUGGAGUUCGCCUGGAAUUUCGACAAUAGCGACCCCCUAUUCUCACUCGAACUUUUCCACCCAUCGUUCAGAAACGACUUUGCUUUGGCUAAUAACCUUGACCCUGCUAGUGGUGGUACGAGACUUAUUAUUCCUACUGUGGAGCCUCGGGACAGCCAAUAUGUCAUUCGUGCCGUGAACGUUAGCAACGUCAAUCAAGAGUACGCUCGUACCGGCAACUUCGCCGUUGGUGAUACCUUGUCAACAACCGGUUCCGCCUCUUCUACUGGAUCGACCUCUUCGGCAACCCUCCCUCCCUCUGGCCCAACAACGACUGGCAUCCCAAGCAACACCAACACGGGCACGUCAAACACGAACACGAACACGAACACUUUGAAUACCAACACCAACACGAAUGCCAACACCAACACCAACACCAACACCAAUACUGGUUCGACAACGGGCACUUCUGACAGUGGGCCCACGAACACUCCCCAGAAUGGUGGUGGAAACGGUGCCAUCUCUGCUGGUGUCAACUUUGCGGCUGUUGUUUUCGGAGCUGUUGCUGCUGCCGGCCUCUUCUAAAAAGGUGUAUCUGGAAGUCUUGAAAUCCACCUGACGGGUACACGCACGUAGAAGGGGUUGGAAUGGAAUUAUUUUGUUUGGUUUUGCGUGGACAUGGACUUCAAGUUCCAUUAUAGUGGAACACAGACAUUAUUUGCUGUCCCCUUUUUUUUUCUUUUUUACUUUUCAGUUUUGGUUCUUUUUUUAAUUUGACUCUUCUUAGCUACUUUGGUACCUCGUACGUGAUCGUCACUUGGUAGUAACGUACUUGAAGGUGGCUUUUUUAUGUUGUGUUUCUAACUUAGCAUCCUCGUUUUGUCGUUGCUAUUUUGAACAUGUCCUGUCUUUUCUCGUGUAUCCAGAAUGUGUAUAGGGGCUUGCGUGCAUGA